UUGUCUGCUGCCGGGAACAGGAAGACGCAUGGAUUUAUUUACAAAAUCUCCGCAAAACAUCAUCAGAUUUUAUAACCCGAAACCCGCGGGUUUCUACUAUUUUACAAUGUUUCGUGGUAACUUAAAGUUAAGUUGACCCAUUUAUGCUCAGUUCGGGUGCUACGUAAAGGGAAAAAAAGCGGCAGACCAAUUCUUUGCCGAAGUGAACGACAGAUGGAGGACGACAGAUGAACUCCUUAUCUGAACGUGUCGCAGAACGUGUAGAUGCCACAGAAAAUAGGACACCAGGGUGGAAAACCACAAAUUUAUUUGAGGUCGGGAAGAUGUCUGAUCGUACCAUAGGUUAGGCCUACUGAAUCCGACGGUCAUCGCUUUGAUCAGAGUCUUUUUCGGUCAAAAUUGUGGACUGCCGGUAAUUUGCCAUCUGGAAAAGCGUGCGUAACGAUGGUGGAUAACCGCUACGCCACGGCUCUCGUAAUCGCCUGCGUGCUGAGCUUGCUGGCCACGGUUUACCUUUCCGUGGCGGUGGGGACACAGUACUGGUACCAGUACACGAGUCCGACGGUGCGCAGUGAGGCCAACGCCUCCGAGCUUCGGGUCCUUCGUGAAGAAUUCGUGGAAGGAGAGUUCGACGAGAAGACGUAUAGUGACUCGCUGUUCCGCCUGAACGGGACCGUGGGGUUGUGGUGGAGGUGUCUGCAAGUACCCACCGACACCCACUGGUACAAGGAACCCGAUCCUAAGAUGGUCAUGGAGUGUGUGAGCUUUAGCCUGUCACAGCAGUUUACACCCAAAUACAAGGAGCCAGGCAACCAUAACAGUGGCGAGGACAUUAUACGCACCUAUUUGUGGAGGUGUCAGUUCCUCCUCCCACUGGUCUCUCUGGGGUUGGUGGUGCUGGGAGGUGUGGUUGGUUUCUGCGCCUGUCUGUGUCGUAGCCUCAGCCCCACCCUUGGCAUCGGACUGCUCCACCUCCUCGCUGGUCUGUGUUCUCUUGCCACUGUAUGUUGUUUCCUGGCGGGGUUGGACCUGCUGCACCGGGUCUCCGUGCUCCCAGAGCAGGUGGACGGCACGUUGGGCUGGUCCCUCUACCUGGCCCUCAUCUCCUCUCCCCUGAACAUGAUGGCUGCCGCCCUGCUGGUGUGGGCCGCUCGCAGCCAUAGCAAGAGCUACUACCGCAUGACCGCGUACCGGGUGGCCUAAAGCCUGCUAGCAGCCAGGCUUAGCUUGCCUAGGUUCCUAGAAUCACCAGAGUUAUAGAAGCAUCGGUUAUGUGAUUCUAGAUCGCUAGAUAUGUAGAGCCUACAUUUAACCUACAUUUACAGCAUUUACCUGAUGAUUUUAUCCAAAGUGACUUACAAUUAUGACCGAACACAUAACUUCAGCAGUUGAGGGUUACGGGCCUUGCUCAGGGUCCUAACCGUGGUAAUUUGGUGGUGGGGCUUGAACUGGUGUCUGGGUUUGUGUACACUGCAUUCCUAA